ACAGGGGGCUUAUGUUUACAUUCUGUUGUACUGUAAGUUACACCGAGAUAAAAUAACAGCGAGCUAAGUUAACAGCAAAAUGACCAAGCUGGAGGUCAUCAACACGUUUCUGACGGAGCGCUUAAAGGCGACGCUGAACGAAAUCAUGGAGAUGAUCGGCGGGACUGUCCUGCAGUAUGAGAAAGAGCUUUACAGCGUGCAGAAGGACAACGAGUAUCUGAGACGGAGACUGAAGAAGAUUGAGAAACUCGUCGAGUCUAACGGUCCAGCUACUUCAGACCCUGCCCCAUCAUCUCCACCACCGCAUCUAAAGUGGACUUCUAGCAUUGAAUCUGAAACCAUGCCUACAGAGAUCUAUCAGAAUCAGAACCAGGUACAAACCGAACAGCUCACCAGCACAAAAUUAGAAGAGUCCUACAACCGUGCUCUUCUAGUGACCGAUUCAGACAUCGAUAGAACCCAUCUCCAGUUACCAAACACACUGGCUCACACAGAUAAAGACUUUGAAACAUCACCUUUAAACGAAUUUCCUUGUGGUGUGAAAACAGAGCCUUUUAAAAGUCUCGAUUCACAGUCCACCGAUGCUAACACUUCCGUCUACAGUCCAUUACCUCACUGCACUGCUCAGUUACCAGCUACUACCGAUAUUAACCACAAGUCUGAUCCUAAAGUGUUCAGUAUACCAAAUUCCACUGAUCUACAAUCAGCUGAACGUAUGAAGUUAAAGGAUAAAACCUUGCAAGUAUCCCUCAGUAAAAUAAGCCAAAUUGAGUUAAAGACUUCUAGUCCUGAAUCAGGCAUAGCUCAUUACAACUACAACACCGCUCAUCAAAACACAGACUCAAGAUCAGUCAGGAACGACACUAUUAGUGGCAGUUCUCAUCUGGGUAUAUCUAACGUUGUAGUCAACCCCCUACGUCACACGGCGUCCAGUAGAGAGGUCAGGCAGGGUAGGGGAAGAGGACGGGGACGAGGAAUAGUCAAAGGUCCUGGGACACACGCAUGCCCACAGUGUGGAAAACUAUUCAUCCAUUAUUCACGGCUAAAGGUGCACAUGCUCAUUCACACAGGGGAGAAGCCAUACGUUUGCGCGCAGUGCGGGAAAUGCUUCAACAAUGACGGGACUCUGAGGAACCACAGCCGCGUGCAUCUGAAAUUGCCUCCCUUUGACUGUCCUGUGUGUGCACGUAGCUUUAAAAAUGCCCACACCUGUCUGAGUCACAUGCGCGUUCAUAAUAGUUGAGGCGACGGUGUUUCUGCCUCAGCAGCCAAACUGAACAGAUCUGAAGCUAUAGGAAAGACUCAUGGGAGGGUUUCCCUGGUGAUCAUGACUUGUGCUGUGCUGGAUGAUAGAGACAUCUAAUAUUUGCCACGCUGAGAGACCCCCGUGGGCAGGAAUGAGAGACGCUGAACAAUUGAACAAGUCACAUGAUGAUCUUCAUGUCCAGAGAAAACCUUUUGAGGAUAGUGUUUGAUGGUGUUGUUGAAAUUGAUUUCAUGUUGCUGUCAUGUCAGUAUUGCCAGCUGUUUUCUGUUGCUUUUAAUAUGCUAAAUUAAAUCGUUUGAGUAGA